AUGGUAGGGUAUGCAAGAAAGAAUAUCUGGUAUAUUGCUGUGGUUCUGAUCGGAUAUCCGUCCCUCGUGAACACGCCCAUUGGAGACAUUGAUGGUUCGUUCAAAGGAAACAAUACAGAGAAUGGUAUCAACUUAUGCACAGAAUCAAAAUACAAAAACAACAAACAGUUGGCAGUCGCGGUAUGUAAUGAUAAUUUUCCUCGUCAUGUUGUACAGAUAGAAUUCGACUAUUUCGACAUGGAAAACUCAGAUGACUGUAUCUUUGAUUCACUUAAUCUUUUGCUUUUGACAGGAGACAGAGAAGAAUGUUCCGGUAUAUGCAAAGACAACAUGGAAUGCAUUCAGGACAACACUGAAAAAUGUAUUCGAGGAAAAUAUUGUGAUAUAAAUACAUGCCAAAAUGGCGGAACAUGUAUCAAGAAUCGUUCUAACGAGAAAUGUUACUGUCUUAAAGGUUUCAAAGGAGACGACUGUUCACAAAGAGCUGGUGAAUUUCCGCAUAAUAUAAGAUUCAUCAGUGCACCCGUGGACCGAACGAUAAAGCGAGGUCAAGGUCACGUAGAAGAAUGUAAAGUUGAAGUUCAAUAUCGAGAGGAGGUAGAAUAUAAUUGGUCAUUAAAUGGAUCAUUAAUAGAUCCCUACAGUAAAAAGACAGGAUUUGGAACUCAUCCUGGUGGAAUAUUACAGAUUGAUGACUUCUCUAACGAAAUGGAGGGACAAUAUACAUGUGUCGCUACAACUUUGGUCGGAAAAGCAAAUCACACUUUUACGUAUACCAUUGCUGAGGAUUGUGACGUCAGAAUAUUCACAGGACCUCAGUCAGAGAUCAAGAACAUAAACGAAAUGACUUUACUUACGUGCCAUGUGGACCCUCGACCCAAAGAAGUUAGAUGGAAGAAAGACGGAGUUUACAUUGAUUUUCCCAAAGAUUAUAGAAUCAAGAAAAUGGCUAAUAAUAAUUUACUUAUCUCAAACGUUCAACUAUCGGACGAGGGAGUUUACCAGUGUGAGGCUGAAGACUACAACGGUUGCUAUAGUUACAAAGAGGGCAAACUACAGGUGGUAAAUUUGAAACCAUUGGAAAAAUGUAAGUUUAAUAAUUGCCUAAAGUAG